GAUCGAUACGAAUUCCAACUCGAUACUUCGUUAUCCUAAAUGAUAUCAAAACCACGGAAUAAUAUUUAUACGCUUUCUUUUUUCGCGACGAAAAUAGCCGGGCGUGAAGAGAUUUUUCUCGAAUUGUUCUCGAAAAGAGUCGUGAAAGUUUUAUAGAGCGUAGAGCUGGCUAGUUUGUUGUUUCGUCGCAAAUUUGGAACAAUACGCAAUACUCGUUUCGUCCUAUAUAUCCGUCCAAACGUAUUUAUAAGUUUCUCGCGGAGAAAAAUAUCUGCGGCGCGUCACGGGGCGACGACGAGAAGUCGGAAGACGCACCGUGCAUCCACGAUAACAAGUUCUAUCGUAAUCCGAAUUCGCCGGCGCACAACGUUUGGUCGCCGACCGAGUGUGCCAAGUAUUAUCUCUGCUUGGGUAAUUGUCCCGAUUACGUUUCGCGCGUCGAGAAUAAUUUUUCAACCGGCCUCCUUUCCACCGACAGACAACGAGGUGUUCGAGUUCAGAUGCUCCCAGGGAUUGUUGUUCGACGUUUCCAGGCAGGUGUGCGACUUCAAAGCGAACGUCGACAACUGCGACGUGAUGUCAGAGACGCGACCGCCCAGACCGCUUCUCGAGCACGGUGACUGCAAGGAGAGACAUUUGGCUUGCGGCGACGGCACGUGCUUCCCGGCAGCGCACUUUUGCGACGGAAGUGUCGACUGUCCCGACGGCUCCGACGAGGGUGGCUGGUGCAGUGUUCGAAACGACCCGAACGGGGCGUUGCCUUGCGAUUCGAAGGAGUGUCGUCUGCCGAAUUGCUGGUGUUCCGAGGACGGGACGGUGGUCCCUGGUAAUUUGACGGCGUCGACGGUGCCCCAGAUGAUAUCCAUCACCUUCGACGACGCGGUGAACGCGGAAAAUUUCGAACUUUUCUCCAAAAUUUUCUCCAACAAUAGGAAAAAUCCAAACGGUUGCCCCGUUCGAGCAACUUUCUACGUCAGUCAUCAGUACACGAAUUACAGAGACGUUCAGUAUCUGUGGAAUACAGGCCACGAAAUCGCCGCCCAUUCCGUCACGCAUCGAGGGCCGGAAGAAUGGUGGUCGAGUAACGCUACCAUCGAAGAUUGGUUCGACGAAAUGGUUGGUUUGGCGAAUAUCAUUAACAAAUAUGCUGCGGUUCGUUUAGAGGAUAUUAAAGGUUUAAGGGCCCCCUUCUUACGAAUCGGAUGGAAUCGACAAUUUCUGAUGAUGUCUGAAUUUGGAUUUGUAUACGAUUCGUCCAUACUGGUUCCGUUUUCCGACGUGCCAGUGUGGCCCUACACGCUGGACUACAAACCGCCCCACAAUUGCGUAGAUUUGGAACAAUUUUGCCCAACUCGUGCGUAUCCAGGUUUAUGGGAACUUCCGUUGAAUCAACUUUUAGCAGGCCAAUAUACUUGUACGAGGAUGGAUUCGUGUCCUUCAGAUUUAUCGGGCGAAGAGAUAUACAAAAUAUUGAUGCUGAAUUUUAAGAGGCAUUACCUGAGUAAUCGUGCGCCUCUAGGUUUGCACUUACACGCGUCAUGGUUUCAAAAUCCAUCGUACUUUUACGCGUUUACCAAAUUCAUGGACGACGUGUUACGAUUAAGCGACGUCUAUUUCGUAACGAGUUAUCAGGUGAUCGAAUGGAUGCGUAAACCAACAUCUUUAAGUGCGAUCGAAACGUUCAAGCCUUGGCAAUGCAAUUUGCGUAAAUUCCAUUCGUUCGAAUUGGCCUGUGAUUUGCCGACCAGUUGCAAAUUACCGAGCAAAGUUCUUAAAUCGUAUCGUUACCUCCAUACGUGCUUCGAGUGUCCUAAGGAAUAUCCUUGGCUGAGAAAUGAAUUUGGAAUGGAAUGAUUUUCGCACUCACGAAAAAUCUGCGUUAAUAUAACACGCAAAAUAAAAGCAUGUGUUAUUAAAUUAUUUAUUUAUUAUAAAAAAUGUGUGUAUUUAUAUUUUUAUACGAAAAAUCAUGUUUAUUUGUUAUAUAAGUUUAUAUAUAGUUUAUACGAUGUAAAAUAAAUUAUAUUUAGUUUCGUUAUAAAAAAA